AUGGAGCCCUUCUCUUCCGGUGUGAUUUCGAUCACGGCCAUUUCCAACGCCUUUGAACUGGAAUUCGUUGCUGGGUUGGGCUACCAUAAAUUUGCACGUCCCUCUCAGGGAGACGUGGCCUUAAGAGAUGACAAUAUUCUGUCACAGGAGGAGCCUGUAAUUCAUCAUUGGUUUUUCCAGUUUGCGCCAUCCAUAGGAAUUCAGGACACUGAUUGCUGCUCUCUGAAUGGAGGAACCUGCAUGCUUUGGUCCUCCUGUGCCUGCCCUCCGUCCAUCUAUGGCCAGAACUGUGAGCACGAUUUGCAUAAAGAGAACUGUGAGUCUGUGCCCCGUGACACCUGGCUGCCCAAGAAAUGUUCCAGGUGUAAAUGCUGGCAUGGGCAGCUUCACUGCUUUCCUCAGACAUUUCUCCCACAGGGUGGUGGCCACGUGAUGGGUGAGCACUUCCUGGUUUCCCAGACUCCAGAAUCAACACCGUCUUCGGGCCCUACUUUUUUGCUAACUGGCAUCUGCCUUGCUAUACAAAGUUACUGCUGGGCCCAAUGGAAUCAUAAGGGUGCUUUUAAAGAGGCAGCAGGAGGGGCGGCUCUGGGGCAGUUCUGUCGAUUGUGGCGCAGCUGGAUUCGUGUGCAGCCGGGAGCCACGGAAUGUGGGCGUCUUCCAGAAGCUCUAAAGGCUCCUGUUGGAGCCGUCGACCCGCAGUUCUGUUGCACCAAACACACGCCUUUGCAUGAAACACCUCUUCGAUGCAUCUACCCGGAUCCUAUCUUGCUCUUCAGGACUCACUUCCCUUUGGCAUCUUUGCCAGCACUGAGCUCCUCGACCGUCCACUACCCCCUCAACCUGCCUACUUUUAGCCCGUAUCACACUCGACUUGCCGUCGUGGACAACUGUAUUCCUGUUGGGGCCACUUUGCCAAGUUCUUGCCUAAUAAGUGGCUUCAUUACUCGGUACGCAGUUGUUUGCUAG